AUGGGUGGCAACUACUCAGUUAUGAAGUUUCCUGAAGAGUUUGACCAGACGUCAUCUCACAAGAUUCGCAGCCCAGAUGACAUGCAGUUUGCGUUCUCCUACUUCUACUUUUUGAUGAGUGAGAAGCAUGAAAUUCAGCCUGAGGAGCACUUCGAUAUGUUUGAUGUCGACAAGUCAGGGACAUGGUCUGACAGGGAGAUCCGGACCCUAGUCACACGUCUUUUUGAGCUGCCCAUGGAAGCUGCCAACUCGCGUCAGGUGGAAGAGCACCUCACAGAGUGUGCGCAUAACUUUACCCCUGCAAUCUUGCCCUCAACGCCUUCCUACGAGCGGUACCUUGACUCUAAGCUGCCAACAAUUACUAAAGAAACGGUGAUGAAGUGUGAGCCACUGCUGUUAUUGCUGCGCAAGGCGUCGCGCACUCGCCCUGCCAACCACUUUGAGAUGGUGAAGGAAGAGGAUUACGUCUUCCGCAUGCUGAACAACAAUGCUUCACGCGUCCUCGCACAGCUUGACGAACUGCGACGUGAACCUAAGAAGUUCAUCUGCCUGAAUGACAAUCUGGACUACUCCAGCAAGGAUCUGAACCUUGUGCGGCUUGUGGUGCACGACUUCUACGAGAGUCUGUUCCCGACACCGUCACGGUUUGAACUGCCAGCAGAGUACCGGAACCGAUUCCUUUAUGUUCGUGAUUUGCAUGCCUGGCGUGCUGAGCGCAACUGGGUGCAUGCUGUCACCUACGUUGCAUUUGGCGUCCUAGUUGCUUUCACGGCGGUCGCAUUCUUCAGUGCCUUGCGAAGCAACCGAAAAUCUUGUUGCUCUGAUAGCACUUGCAUCAUCUGAAGACACCACGCUUCUGUCUGCUGGCGGAUUUUUCGGGCGCCGUAGGCGUAUCGGAGCUUCUCGAAGCCAAAGGCCGCCAGGGAGGCGGUCACCAGCAGAGCCCACAUCACAAAGAUGGCGUAGGUGUCUUCAAAGGUCAGCGUGACACGGUUGCCAUCACGGCGGCAGUGGUCCCAGUUGCCCAGCAUCUGGGCAAUCCAGCGGUCCAUGAUGCCCAUCUCUCGCAACCACACCAGCCUGUUUUGAGAAAGGCGCCGUUCACGACUGCUGUUAUAACAUUGCCUGUUGACAUACUGUUUGCACAAAGUGUACAGCACAGUGCAUUGUUAAAAAAAAAGCACCAGAUAGUAUUUUGGGUCUGAUUACUUCUUACUUUUGACACGAAGGCUGCAGCUAAAGUUUUUUACCAUGAUUAGUCAGCCAUGACACAUCACGCUAAUCAGCUUUUAUUGCGAUAGCAUUCUUUAGCUGCUUCCCCGGGUUUUCAUGGUUGGUGGAUGGCGAUCUAACAUGGUAGAGAGUUACAAGAGUGAGGAAGGAGAUUAAAGAGAUGAGAGGGAAAUGCAGGUGGGAAGGAGGAGGAGAAACACAAGAAACCAGCGGGUAAUUGGAAAGCUAUUGACUUUGACAAUGAUCCUCAAUGCUUUCUGCCAGAAUAGUUCUUUUUUUUACUAUUAAUUCGAUGAUACAUAUAAGUUACGUUGGUCUGAUUAUCAACCACAUGUUUUCUUUCGAGUGCUGCGUGUACUGUACACACUCGGUUACUGAGGUUUACUGAACAAGGGAACCAAGGAAGGGGACAUCCUUGCAACCAGCACACAUCUCUCAGAAUGGAAAGCUGCAGUUUUGUACUCGGAGCAUGCUAGAGGAUGGCCCUCAUCGCACGAAAAAUAGAGAACAGUGAAGUGGGGCUCACUGCUUGCUCAAUUUUGUGAAUUGUAAGUGCCGACAUGUCUCAAAGGGAGGGGGAGAGCUCCCCCUCCCCCCCCCCUCUUCUGGAUCCACCAGUGUUCAACCCUUGGUGAGUUGACACCUCAGUGUGAUACUGCCCUGUCUAGGUCACAUGCUAGUGCCCUGUCUAGGUCACAUGCUAGGCUGAAAGUUCGGUUUUCUUUCUUGGUGCCCAUGUAUUUUGCAAACUUUAGUAGCCACUCGAUUGUGUCAUAUGCAGGUAAAAUGUUUUUGAGGCAACACCUUAGGCAGCGCCAAAGGUGUGGCAGCACCCUCUUGAAAAUUGUUGUAGUAGUGGACAUUGUAAGGGCACAGGGCCCAGGACACCAUUGGCCAAGUCAGAGAAUUCGUAUAGGUGCACCAACCAAUUACGUUUGUCCAUUUCUGUGAUGUUAUGGUAGAGGUGGACUACUUUCAAAUUCAGUUACAACCACAUGAAAGAAAGCAGAUGGGAUGUCACUGUGAGCAGCGCUGUCUAACAGUGCCAAGGCUAAUCUUGCAUACAAACACAAAUGCCCAAGCAAGUGGACGGAAGGAUGGCUGCUGCUUAGUUGCUAAAUUGUUAGCUUAAUUAGUAAAUUAGUAGCUUACUUGGUGAAGUGCUGCAUGCUUAAAAGUUGGAAGAUGUCGAUUUGGCCCCCACUUGCGGCAAGUUGUAUUUUCAUCGCCUUUCAUUUCUUUUUUUCCUUAUUUCUAUAUUUCAAUUAAACUUGCCAAUAAUUCCCUCUUUGCUUUCUCUGGCAUCAUUGUCUAUUUCUUCAUAUGGUUGUAACUAACAAAAAAACUAAGCUCUCAGGUCCACUUAUUCUUCUCGGUCAUUUCAAAUUCAAACAGAGGGCAGGUGCGCAGGUCACAGGCGGAGCAUGUCCUGAAUUCUUAGGUUGUCACGCAGUGUAGUGUCUGAUAUCAGUGUCCAAGAAGCACUUGGAAAGGUGUGUGAAAGAAAAGAAGUGAAGUCAAGCUAUACUGGCAUAUGCAAACUUAAAGGUAACAGUUGGUCAUUAACUGUGCUAGAACAUAAAAUGUUGCUGAAGCCAAUGUAUUGACGAUGAGACUAGUUGCACUUACAGGUUAGGUCACUUUUGAUAAGAGUUAAAAUUGCAUGUGGCAGGUUGGAAUAGACUGGCAACAGUCCUAACGUCAUGUUUUCAAAGGAGCUCCCCCAUGAUGUUGGAUUGGAGAAUGCAGCAACAACUGCUGAAGGUUAUGUACGUACUUGUCUAGGAACUAGUCACAUGCACCUUGCAUAAAUAGGGGCAUUACACAUGCAUUACACACAGUUCCACGAGCACCGGGCACUUCUCGACAUUGUGUUUUCCUGCUCUUUGCUCCUCAUUAUGCUUGCAACCAGCAUUCCUCAGAUGUGUUGCUCGUGGGAGUGUGGUAAGCAUUGAGAGAUGAUUGCACACCUUUUUUUGUUUGGUUGGUUGUUUGUUUACUCUGACUCUGGUGGUGUGUGUACUGCACUGUUUAAAAACACAUUGGCACACUUGUCUGACAUUGCAGAAUCGCAACCCAAUGUUUAGAGAAGCUGUUAAUGUGACUAGUGAGCUUUUUCUCUUUCCUCCCCCUACACACACACAUCCCCCUUACUUUCGAACCUCCUCAAACACCAGGGUCAACCCCCAAGAAACACGUCCAAACAUUCGCAAACAUUCUGCAAGCUCUUCCGAGCCUUGCACUGAAGUCAGUCUCUGCAGCGAGAUUGCUGUGGCUUCGACGACCGUAUACGACAGAAAACUACUCCAUUCCGUCGACGCUGGCUGGUAAUGCGAUUCCCCUUCGGUACGUUGUUGUUUUUUUGGCCGUGGCAACCUUUAAAUUGAAUUCUCUUGUGAUAAAUAUUCAUGCAUUAACAUUUUGUACUCCGAAAGGAAUUUUUAAUGCACGUUUCAAUAUGUAAAGGGUGUCAACUACGCACGUUCUGCAUUUUAUUUUAGCUUCUACACAUUCUUUUAUACGGUUGCCAACCGCUAAUUCGGACUCGAUGGAAUUGCCAAAUCGGGCAUCCAAAAUACCGGAUUCGGCUUACAGUAAAUGACUUUAUUCCGCGAGUGGCCAAAAAAGAUGUGCCAUAUUCUUGGAUCGCCACGUUUGGAGAUACCCUCUGAUUUGGCGUGAUUAUUACGUAAUACGCGUCGCCGUCUUGGAGCGAAGGUAUUAUUGGCAUAGUGCCAAGCAUGCUAUCUUUUGUGUGAUGUGCACGAGACACAUUCGCAUCUGCAAGCGACAUUAUUGUUUGCAUAGUGGCAAGCAUGCUAUCUUAUCACUGUGCGGAAACGCUGCCACCUGUCGAUGCUUUCGGUGUUAGUCACGCAAAAUAUUACAGAAAUACAAGUAUCAAAAGCGCUCGUUCAUGAAUACGGCCCAAGUUUGUCAACGCGUGUUGCUGUGCACACAUACACUUGCCCUUGGCCUAAACAUUCUGUGGCCUUGAUUUUCCAGCAAUGCCUUUUGUGCUAUUCCUCUUCAUGCUUCAUCACUUGUCAGGGCGUCGCUCUGCACGUAUCUCAACGGGAUCAGCCAGCCAUGAACAGUGGAUGAUAAGAGUGUCAUAGAAUUGAACAAAAGGCAUGGCACGACCAUUGUCGUGCUGUUGCUAUAGAUAGACCGAAUUACAGUCAAUGCACGCUACUAGGUCAACUAGGCUUUGCAAGUUUCGGUUUCACAGAGCACUGGCGACAUGGCCUACGACCAUAAUGGCCAAGUCUCAAAACGAAAAUAUCGCCAUUUCUGCUUGACUGAAUCGGUGGCCAUAUUAGUGCACGGUCAUUCAGGUGGAGUCUGAAUUAUUACAAGAGACGCUGUGAGGUGUCCGAAAUUUCAGUCGUCCUUAUACAUUAUGUCUAUGCGGCUAGUGGCGGUGUCAUGGGACUGCCUGAAUAAUCAAGCAUGUCCAAAUUAUCGGUGUCUGAACAAUCGGUCGUUGUCUGUAUUGACAAAAUUGCAAUUAUUUUGCUAUUAAAAUUCAACUUUCCCAGCACUAAUGUCAAUGUAUCGCGACUCAUAGCUCCAUGGCUAUUUCAACUAAUAGCCCCAUAUCUAUUACAGCGAAUAUUAACGGCUUUAUCCAAGUACACACUCUUAUGUCUAUACAUUCACUAGUUUUGUGUUUUUCUGGCAAGUGAUUCAGACUCGCAUCAAACCUCGAGGUGAAUUGUAAUUAGUACAACGGACAUCAUUUUGUGGCUCUUCAACUUCUCAAUUUCACCGGCAUGUCCUCGGAGGGGUGUACAUAUUUCGUACAUUGUUUCUACAUGAGACACCCACCAGUUCUCCCAUGGCGGUUCCGUACUGCCUCUAAAAGGGCUAGGCAAGCAAUUACCGAAACUAAUAUAAAUUCCCACAUUGCAAGCAAUUCACCCCCAUGCUUGCAACUUUGCCUUUGCUCUGCCCUGGCCACAUAAGUGUUAAGCAAACUCCAAAAUUUUUUUCUCCAGAAUGGUGCUUGUUUGAAAUUGUGCGUCUGUGUCUAAGCAUCUCAUUUUUGCUGGUACGUCUGCAUUUGUCUUCACAUGUUCUAGUGCUUCUGGUCGCAAUAACAGCUUCCAUGCAAACUGAAUUUUUCGUAUUCGUUGUGUAACCUGGCUUACAUGGAAUGCAGGGUUGGUUCUUAGCAGUGCAUAAUUAGGUGCAAGCCGCCACACAGAGGUAUUCUGCAGUUUUGAGUGUAUGUCUAACAUUUUGAUGGGCCCCUGUUUUGACCUUAUUGGAGAAAUUUUGAAAGAGUCAGCGUGAAGCUUGGUGGAAAGAACUAUUGUAAGUAAUCGCUAUGAAACUUCCCGGUUGUGACAGGCAGCUAAAGAGGGCAAUUUCUUUGAACAACGUGCCUGACGAGAUUCAUGGUAGCUUGGAUGAAUUAUACUUGCCCAAGUAGCGUAACGCAUUGGGCGUUUAUUAGACAUUUAUUUUGUCUUGUUUUAGUUAAUAUACCCUAGCAAAACAUUCCAAUUGAACAGCUUUUGAGGUCCUAUGGUGGGGAUGUUAUGGGUACCAAUAACAAUAUUGCUCAAAAAGGUCCCAUAGGUGUAUUGGUCUAAUAGCCCUAUAGAUCUGGUCUUAAAACAGGAAGCAGCUGCUGCCUAAUGCAUUUUGUUGAUACCAAUACAAUACAAAUAAAACUUAUUAAUUGCCUAAUGGGCACGCUGCACUGCUCCAUUAUAGCAGUUAAAAAAUUAUGUUGGUAACAUUGCUAGGGUAAGUUAUUGAUUGCUAAGAUUUUAUGAAACACCAAAUCGUCUUGCAAUGUUACAAUAAAGCACAGGAGUUUGCUGCACAUCCCAUCAUCCUGUGGUGUUACAGGAAUGGAAAGCACCUUUGUUUGUGAUUGUUUAGUGUGCGUCUGUAAUUGCAGGGAAGUCCUUGUUUCUGAGAGAGUUCUUGUGAGUUAAACUGUGAUAGUUGACCCCUUUUGGCACUGAGUGGUGAUGUGAGAAUAUGCGUGGUAUAGCGUGCGCGAGAGAGUCGUUGCAUUAGUGCGUCAGUGUGCAUUUAUUACACAAUGCAGCUCAAUAAAAGUUGCUGCACGGUUAGUUGAUUCACAGUGGUUAUAACUCCGUUUCACACAUAGCAGGUAAUGCUAGCAAAGCUAAAAAAAGCAGAGCUCGUGGCCAAAGAAUUGUGCGCCACAUAUGAAAGAAGCAUGCAAGGAUGAGUCGGCUAUUUAAAUAUAACAUUAAGUGUCAAACUUCUUGUGUCGCAAAAUGUGGCAUAAUUGUCACAUGGAGGGCGUCGCAGACCUGAACGUAUUUACCACCGAAUGAGCAGAAUCACACAUUCGUGCAAGAAGCAGUCACAGUUGACCAACUGUGCUACCGACCAAGACAUAGUAUAUGUCGCGUAGUGUAAGUACAAAAGUGCACAAGCAACAUGUGAUUUCGCACGAGCUAAUGUUUACAAGUUGUAGGUGUAAUGUAUGAGGCAGUUACUAUUUUGUAGAAAGCGUUGCAAAGUAAAACACAACUGCACCGCGAAAUGCAUGGAGUGAGAUUUCUAUGAUCGCACUGUUGGUGUACCUUCUGUGGCAUUGCCUGCUGUGUAUGAAACCCAGUGUUGGGAAAGAUACAGCACAACGCAGAUAAACAUGAGAAGGCAGAGACACGGACUGGCCAGUGUUGCGCUGCAUCGUUUCCUAAGCAUUGUGUGAUAUAUGUACUUGUCACUGCGUCCUUGGCGGCACAGGUUCAAUUUAUGCAGAUUCCCAGUCUAAACACAAUUUGUGUCACUUGUCAUUGCAGCUUUUGUAUUUUUGUAUGAAUUGUCCAACUCGUGAACCAUAUAACCUCUGCAGGCAUAUACUUCAAUAAGUGUGUAACAGUAAUGUCCUAGUCAACCUUCCAGUGGCUUUGUUUUGUCAUUGUAUAGUCUUUAACAAAUUUACUGUCAAGACUGCACCAGUGAAAAGGGGCAUUUGUGGUCUUCACUGAUGCCCUUGUAAAUUCUUUCCUUGUAAAUUUUAACUAGUUUCUUUUUCUUUUUUAUGUACUUAAUCUCUCAGUUCUUCGGCAUGCCUGGGGAGAGCUGUGAGUGAAAAGAUGUAAUAGGUAUUAUGUUUGUGCAUUUCUGAUCUUUCUAAUACCCCUUGCUCUUGGUGACUUAGUGUCAACACAUGACAUUUUGCAGGUUCCAACUGUGGCAGUUUUGGCUCUUAUUCAAUGAAAGCACAUGCAUGUAGUGAAGUACUUUCCAAACAUAACAAUUUUGGCAUCUCAACAUUCAAGAAAUACCUGGAAAGUACUACCGACGUCUUUUAUGACUGAUAUUAAGGCUUCUGUUUCUGGUGCGAGUAUAGAUCUUCUGAAGUGUCCUGGCGCUGUUUGGUUGAGUUGCUAAUUGGUUGACCUUCGUUGGCCAUCAAGCUUCUAAAAAUGAACAGGCUACAAAACCUAUGGCUUCAAUUCUGGAUUGCAAUAAAUAACUUUUGGUUCACUAAAUGAAUCGGAGCUUCGAACAAGUGUUUGUGUUAUUAGGGAGUAUUUGUUUAUCUCACUAGCACCUGCGGGGCUUUUGCAUACGGGCUUAAACUGAGCAGUCUUGCUUGUGAAAAUGUAUUGCAAUAUGCUAUCAUGGUUGUCCUGAGCGAUGUCCUAUUGGGCAUCAACUUCUUUUAGGCUUCCUUCACUGUCAACAUGUCAUCUGCCACUAAUAUCUUGCCUGAAGUAAUUUUUGGUCUGUAAUGGCCUAGUCUCUCUGCUUUUUAAAUUUCUUUUAUGUAUGUGUUUGUCAUUUGACCAGGUCAAGAGGUUGAAAACCUCAGCGAGUCAGUUUUGAAUGUGGAGCUUGUCAUGUACUGCAUACGUUAUCUUUGCUACAGCUUUUUUUUGCCUUGUAUGCAGGCAAUUUAGUGUGCAUUCAUGUGUGAAAGCAUAAAUUAAAGUGUUUGUGGUCUAUUUUCGAA